AUGCGACAAUUAUCACAGUGCACUAUCCACCUCCUGUACACGGUAUUGCUCCUAACCCAUUACAGUACCAAGGGUCGUCUACACCAUGUACCCAACACCUCCACACCCCCUCCCCUUCCCGCGUGCCGCCACGCCCCCCGCCCCACUGCCACACGGCCUCCCGCACCCCCGCCUCCAUCGCUCCGACACGGGUCCUCAGUGCCGCGUGUGUGCACCAGAAAGAGUGAGAGCAACAAACCGAGUUGCUACGAACACUUCCCCCCGUCCGCACACGCUCCCACCGCUCCCAGCGUCUCACUACCGUUGGCACAACCUCUCCCCAUCCAUCUUCAUCUACCGCACGCGUCCCGCUUUGCCUCUCGCCGCGCACCAGCUUCCGCUGUGUCCCCCCCGGCACUCCCUACAACAUAUGCACUCCCGUCCUCUUGCGUGUCUCUCACGCCGCCUCCUUCCAGCCACACACUGGCGUCGUCACGCAUUCGAUACGCUCCGUGA